AUGGAAGAACCCGUCAAGCCAGUAUCUUCAGGGGACGAGGAUGGGUCAGUCGGCUCCAGCAAUGGCAUCAACGGGCCAGAUCCCACCCCUCCACAGCUUGCAACAAGCGGCGACUCAGGAAAUCAAGUUUCUGAGCCCACUGAUGAAUGCAGCCACUCUCAAGCAGCAAAUGAAAGUGUCACAGAUGAUCAGUGUGAAGGAGCUUCUCCUGCAACGCUCACUCUUCUCGAGAGGCUCCGAGCUAAGCGCUUGGCACGGGACAGUCGAAUGUGGGAUGUAGAAGAUGCCGAUUUAGAGGCUGCACUGUUGACAGAAGUGGAGCUUCACAUUAACCGAGGCUCUUCUGAUGCUUCCGAUGACUUGUCAUCAACAGAUUCCACAUUACUCUGUCCCAUAACGAGGGCAAUGAGCUCCGUUGAAUUCGAUAAAAUAAGCUCUGUUCCUUACCAUGCACAAUAUCAGCGCGUUGUCGAGCAAGAAGAAGAUGCUGAAAUGGAACGCCUUCUGCGGCAGUUAGAGGAAGAACAGCAAGCAAUGCGUGAUUUGGCGGUAGCCCAACGCUACCAGCUAAUGCAAGAACAAAUCGCCGUGAUUCAGAAGCAGCUUGGACGAGGAGACUCCAAUAUCCCUGACCUCGAGUGGCUCAUGGCCAACGAUCCCGAAAACAACCAAGAGCUAGAUGAGGUCAUGGCGGCAUUCGCCGCUAGAGACGAUGACCUGCCGCAAGAGGCCCCAGAGGAACCCGAAAUUCCGCUUACUUGCAAGAAUAUUUUUUGUCGAUGCCCAUGGAGGGGUGACAUGAAAAAAGAUGAGAAAGCGUUAGCUCCCGCACAAUAUGGUGAUCACAAGAGUCUAGGUGGACGCCCUUAUGCGUGCUCUGAAACUGUGCAACAUUUUGGGCUGCAGAUACCUGUCUUCCGUGCUUUUAUUCAGCAUCCGUUGGGCCCUGAUACUAUGCCCCCUGGGUAUGCCUCUGUUUAUCGGCGUUAUCAUGAGUUUGUGUUCGGUGAAGAGAAGACAAAGGGUGGUGAAAGUGGUAUCGAAUCGCCAAUUCAGCCCAUUGUUGGCUUGAUCAUUCUCGGACUUGCUUUCGUCCUUGCUCAGGAGCUGAAAGGUCGGCGCUCGAAAAUUGGCAUUUAUUUCCUGGCUGUCAUGGGGCUGAUAGAUAAAACGCAUGUUUUAAACGAGGAAGUUUUUGGUACGGUUGCCUUCAUUGGCCUCUCAAGAGCAAAUACCUGGGAAAUUAUGGGUUUGCUAGAUUUGGCUUAUGAGCAUGAUUUCGACGCCAUAGCAAUAACACCACCUGGACACGGAAAUACAACACAAGUGGAGGACGAAGGAGGAGGCUUCUGGAGUUCUUCAAAUUUCCUCAAACACGCGGUUGAGUCGUGUUUGGGUGUCUCUUUGGCAAGAACCGUUGUAGUGUCCCAUAGCAACUUCGUUACUCGCAAGUAUUUUCUCCCUUUUCUGAUGUCCGAUAUUGCACUAGGCUUCGUCCUCUUUGACAGUUCUGUCGGUACGGAAUGGAUGGAUGAAUAUGACACAGACGUUAACGACCAUAAAUUCUACCAAGUCAGGACCAAACACUAUCGCUACGUUGGGAAACGGCGUCUGGCCGCCGUCGAUAGCAUCAUUCACUUUCUGGACGCCAAAGAAGAGGUGACCAAUGCUCUGUACCGCGUAUCCUACCAGGUAGUAGAUUUGGAGUUUACUGAAGAAAAUGAUUUAGGCACCAAAACGUGGCAUGCACAGCACAUGGCGUUUCGGAAGGAAAUCCCACGUGUACUUUCAGCUACUUCACUCAAAGGUUAUUGCCGAGCUGACCCUGAAGGAGCUGACGACGCCUUUCCAACAAAUAGCACUCUUGGUCCAUUCGACUUCUUCCCGGGAAAGUACAAGGUGAAAGCUUCGAAAAAGCCAGGAUGGGACACUGCGCGGAAACGUCUUCGUGAGACUCCGCUGGACGCUCCGGCUGACGAAGGAAUGGAGAGCCGCCUAGUAAACAGCGAAUAUUUCGAUCCGCUUCGAGUCGCUCUCGCUGAAUUUCUUGAGGACCUGAAGACCCUGUCGCUUGAAGGGAAGUUGCAGGUAGAGCAGCUGCGCCCGUUACGGUACAACAACCGGCAAGCUGAGUACGACAAGUCGAGGGAGCACACUACGACGAUCGACCCGAUGACGGUUUACUGCGUCCAAGAGUCAAAAGCUAUAAUGCCGGCAACCCGUUCGAUUGCCACCAGCGAGAUCCCUCCAGUGCGCUUAGUUGACCCGGAGAAGUACUGGCUCCAGAAAAAGGUUCAAGCACUGCGCAGUACCUCUACCACAACGGCAACCCCUCCUCCAGCUGUAAAAAAGUUGAAUCCGGUCAAACAAAAGGACAUCCGCCUUCCCUCGCUGGGCGCCAUCCUCAGCAGGUGGAUUCCCUGA